ACCCCCCUCUGUCAUACACGCACUUGAAAUCUUGAAUGGGUUGAGCUAAAAUUCUUGAAUUUCCUUAAGAAUAGCUCAAGUUGGGCACUGAUGCAUUUGAAAUUAGAUAAUUGCAAGAAAUUACUAGAUUGAGCUCUUUGCUUUGACCAGAGAAAAAUUUAGGAAAUAUGUGAUCCGUAUGUCUUACUUGAAUUGUGGGUCAAUACGCUUUUGUCGGUUUCUGGUCUAAAUUCAAAAGGAAAAAAAAUUGGGCUCUUUAAGAUCAGAUUCUAGUUAGAUUAACGUUGUGGAGAUUUUAUUAUUUUUCGUGGUUAUUUUCUUCAUCUUUCAACCUUAAUCAUCGAGAAUUUUUAUUGUUUCUUCAAAUUUUCUUGCCUACACAAUCAUUGAUGUGGGUAUGAGCCAAAAAUGGUUGCAGAAAGACAAAAUUCAAAGAUGGUAACCAGAACGGUGGAUCUCCGGUCCGACACUGUCACUAAACCAACAGAAGCAAUGAGAGCAGCCAUGGCAAAUGCAGAGGUUGAUGAUGAUGUUCUGGGUUAUGAUCCGACUGCCUCAAUAUUAGAGACUGAAAUGGCAGAAAUCAUGGGCAAGGAAGCAGCCCUGUUUGUUCCAUCAGGCACCAUGGGUAACCUUAUUAGUGUGCUUGUGCAUUGUGACAUUAGAGGAAGUGAAGUAAUUCUUGGACACAAUUCCCACAUCCACAUUUAUGAGAACGGAGGCAUUUCAACUCUUGGAGGUGUGCAUUCGAGGACAGUGCAGAAUAACAAGGAUGGAACCAUGGAUAUUGAUUUAAUCGAAGCUGCAAUUAGAGAUCCGAGAGGGAGCCUUGUUUAUCCUACUACUAGGCUUAUCUGCUUGGAGAAUUCACAGGCCAAUUGUGGUGGUAGAUGCCUAUCUAUAGAGUAUACAGAUAGAGUUGGAGAAUUAGCAAAGAAGCAUGGUUUGAAGCUUCACAUUGAUGGGGCUCGCAUUUUCAAUGCAGCAGUUGCACUUGGAGUUGCUGUGGAUAGGCUGGUUCAGGCAGCUGAUUCAGUUUCGGUAUGCCUAUCGAAAGGUUUGGGUGCACCAGUUGGAUCAGUUGUAGCUGGUUCAAAAAGCUUUAUUGCAAAGGCAAGAAUUCUCAGGAAAACAUUAGGAGGUGGGAUGAGACAGGUUGGAAUCCUUUGUGCUGCUGCUUUAGUUGCCAUACAAGAGAAUGUUAGAAAGCUCGAGGACGAUCACAAGAAAGCCAAGACGCUCGCGGAGGGACUGAAUCAGAUUAAAGGACUAAGAGUGGAUGUCGCUGCCGUCGAAACCAACAUUGUAUAUUUAGAGAUAGAAGAAGGCUCAAAAUAUACAGCAGAAACUCUACGCAAGAGCUUGGAACAACAUGGUAUACUCGUGAUGCUAGCCGGCCGACUCAGGAUUCGGAUUGUUCUUCAUCAUCAAAUCUCAGCAAGUGAUGUGCAGUUCGCUUUAUCAUGCUUUCAGCAAGCUUCAACAGGUGUGCAAGGUGAAAAUGGCAAGUAGUGGAAGAAACUUCUCUGAAUUUCUCUGUAAUAAGAUCAUUUCGAUCUGUUAAGUAGAAGUGUUUCCCCUUCAUUACAAGAACAGAGGUGUCAAGAUUUAAACCUGUAUUCGGUAUUAAGAUUUCAACAUUCAAAUGAAAUAAUAAAUAAUAAUGUAUUUCUUUGGUGGAUUU